GGCUAAGAUAAUAGGCCGAAUCGGCAGGCCAAGCCAAUGAUUUCACGAUCAAAUCCUCAUUUGACGUGUUCGUCGUUCAUUUCAGUUUGUAUGCGCGGUACAAGACCGGCCAUGGCUGCCACCCAGAAGAACCCGGUGGAGAUUGAGAAGGCUUCGAGCCUAGCUCAUGUGCCCUUAAAGUCAGAGGAAUUCGAGAAGAUGAUUUCAGGGAUGCUGUGAGUGCUUUUUUUCAGGAGCGAAUCACUCUCAGUAUCUACUGUACCUAUCCACACCAUGCCAAUAAAAAGGC